AUGGACUUUGUCCUGAAUAAGAUAGAUAAACACUUGGACAAUCAUAGAAGCUUUGAUCAGCGAAUGAAGGACCUUAAAAGGAAAUUAAAGGAAUUGAAUGGUCUUAAGGAAGAUACAGAAUCUAUUAUUAGAACAGAGCUGCAGCCAAGAAAGAAACUCAAGGCUGAAGUCCAGAUAUGGUUGGAAAAUGUUGAAAGAAUCAAUGGUGACGUACAAGACCUUGAUGGAAGAAUUGGUGAAAGCAGUGCUCUUACACGUGGAUUUCACGGAGAAGAUGUGUUAAAGAGUAUAAAGGAAGCUUCUGAACUUAUUACUCAACACGGUAAAUUUCAUGGAGGUUUGGUGGUUGACAAUCCUCAAUGGAUCGGACAAGUUUUGUCGACAACAAAUUUAUCAGGUGAAGCUGUAAAGGUAUGCGUUGAAGAUAUCUGGCAUUGCUUGAUGGAUGACGAAGUUCAAAAGAUUGGAGUUUGGGGGAUGGGUGGCGUUGGGAAAACAAGCAUCAUGAAGGUUAUAAACAACCAACUCUUAAAAGAGACCGAAAAAUUCGAUACUGUGAUUUGGAUUACUGUAUCCAAGGAGAUGAGUAUUUCUAAACUGCAGAAAGACAUUGCUAGUAAAUUGGAGUAG